GCCCGGCGCUCCAGCUCCUCCCUGGCCAGCGGAGCUGAGAGCCGGCGACCAUGCAGCGCGUCCGGCGGGCCCUGCCGCUGGGGCUGCAGCUCGCCCUGCUGGUGGCGGCGGGGGCCGGGGUACGCGUGAGCGCACCGCGGAGCCUGGCGUGGGGCCCUGGGUUGCAGGCCGCCGCCGUCCUGCCCGUGCGCUACUUCUUCCUGCAGUCGGUGGACUCGGACGGCCGGAACCUCACUAGCUCGCCACCAGGUCAAACACAGUUCAAAGUAGUGGUAGAAUCCCUUUCACCUAAAGAGCUGGUCCGUAUCUAUGUCCCUAAACCUUUGGACAGAAAUGAUGGAACAUUUUUGGUGAGAUACAGGAUGCACGAGACGGUCCAUAAAGGGCUCAAGAUAGAGAUCCUUUAUGGCAGUGAACAUGUGGCUCAGUCUCCCUAUAUUUUAAAAGGACCCGUGUACCACGAGUACUGUGACUGCCCAGAAGAUGACCCUCAGGUCUGGCAGGAAACCCUGUCUUGUCCAGCCAGUGAACCACAGAUCGAGCAGGAUUUUGUUUCCUUCCCCAGCAUUAAUCUCCAGCAGAUGCUGAAGGAGGUCCCCACAAGAUUUGGGGACGAGCGGGGUGCUGUGGUUCAUUACACAAUUCUCAAUAACCACAUCUACCGGAGAGCUUUGGGGAAAUACACAGACUUCAAAAUGUUCUCUGAUGAAAUUUUGCUGUCACUGGCAAGAAAGGUCACCCUCCCAGAUUUAGAAUUUUAUAUCAACCUUGGAGAUUGGCCCUUGGAGCAUCGAAAAGUCAAUGACACCCCAGGCCCUAUACCUAUCAUUUCCUGGUGUGGCUCCUUGGACUCAAGAGACAUUAUCCUUCCAACAUACGAUGUCACCCACUCCACACUCGAAGCAAUGAGGGGUGUCACCAAUGAUCUCCUCUCUGUUCAGGGAAACACAGGGCCUUCCUGGAUCAAUAAAACAGAGAAAGCUUUCUUCCGAGGUAGAGAUAGCCGGGAGGAGAGGCUGCAGUUGGUACUUCUGUCCAAAGAAAAUCCACAGCUGCUAGAUGCAGGAAUUACAGGAUAUUUCUUUUUCCAAGAGAAAGAAAAAGAGCUUGGAAAAGCCAAGUUGAUGGGUUUCUUUGAUUUCUUUAAGUACAAGUACCAAGUGAACGUGGACGGGACUGUGGCAGCCUACAGGUAUCCGUACCUCAUGCUGGGCGACAGCCUGGUCCUCAAGCAGGAGUCACCGUACUACGAACAUUUCUAUGUGGCACUAAGGCCUUGGAAACACUACGUUCCCAUUAAGAGAAACCUCGGUGAUUUACUAGAGAAAGUGAAAUGGGCCAAGGAAAAUGAUGAAGAAGCAAAGAAGAUUGCGAAAGAAGGGCAGUUAACUGCCAGGGACCUGCUCCAGCCGCCCAGGCUUUACUGCUACUAUUACAGAGUACUGCAGAAAUAUGCCGAGCGCCAGGCCAGCAAGCCCAUGAUUCGUGAUGGAAUGGAGCUUGUUCCCCAGCCGGAUGAUGGCACAUCCAUCUGCCAGUGCCACCGGAGGAGGCCUGAGAGGGAAGAGCUUUGAGGAGACCCAGCUCCAUACUCCUUUGUAUGCCAGCUGCAUCUUUAAGACUUGUGAAAGAUGCUAAGCUGUGAAGGACCAGAGAAACCAGGCCUGGUGGGUUAGGCUCACACCCGCAAUCCUGGCACAAUGGAAGCAGAACAAGAGGAUUUCAUUAGUGCAAAGCCUACCUGAGAUUUGUGGUGACUUCCAGGCCAGCCCAGCCUACCCAGCUGGAUCUUAUCAAAAGACCAGAACAAAAAAGAAAUGUAGAGAAAUGCUAAGCUUUUAAUCCCACACUUAGAGCCUAAGUCAGGAAGAUCAUGAAUUUCAGUAUUAUGAAAUAUCUUCGGAGUUGCUUGUUUGUGCACCCUAGUGGAUAAAAGGCUCAUAAGUCACUGGGAAUCCGUGGGUGGCACGCUCACGUGCACUGGCUUGCUUCUGCCUUUAUCCAAGAUAAAAGUCGAAUUCACUUACUUUUAUAUUCAAUUAUGGAGGGCAGUGUUUGGGGAUGUUCAACUGUCUCCUCGUUGUGUUGUUUCUCCUCUUGGUUUUUUUGGGUUUUUUUUUUGGGGGGGGGGGUUGGGUUUUUUGGGUUUUCAAGACAGGGUUUCUCUGUAUAGCCCUGACUGUCCUGGAACUCACUUUGUAGACCAGGCUGGCCUCAAAUUCAGAAAUCUGCCUGUCUCUGCCUCCCAAGUGCUGGAUUAAAGGCGUGCGCCACCACCACCUGGCGAGAAUUUGUAUCUUUAACUAGAUCUUAGAAAUAUCAGCAUGACAAAUAUCCCAUAUGGACAUGAGAAGAAAGACUGCCUUCCUCGCUUCUACCUCUUUAACCACAGGUUCAGAAAGAAAAAGGUAGUUUGUUAGAGACACAUUAAUUUUUAAAAUUGAUGUCGUUUGAGGCUGAAUAGUCCUAACAGAACUAGGAGAAAAAGAAGUUGAAACAAACUGGGCAGUAUCUAUUGACUUGUCCGAUUCUCAUUUUGAACAGCCACACCUUGGAACAUUGCAUGGACACAGAGUCUUUGACACACAAACCUGCAGGGGACAUUUUACAUCCAAACUGUAACAAGUCUAUCAAGAAAUCUAGGUUAACUCCACUUGACCGUAGCCUUUGAAAUGAGUUUUACAUGGCUUUAUGGUUCAUUAACUUGCACAUACCUUAGGGAAACAAGCUGGAUUAUUAAGCCCCGAUUCCUUCCCUUCCAACUUACCAAUUGUCCAUAUAGUCCAUUAGCCACUUUUAAUACUGAAGUAUUUAUUAAAAUAUAUCUGGCUUCAGGGGCCAUGAGUUGAGAAUAAAGAGAAACCUCCAGAGAGGGACUGGAGGGAGAAAGGGGACAGUGAGGUAAUUAUACUUUAAUUUCAAUAGAAGAAAGUUUUAUAUGACUUUUGAAAAAGGGAGGGAUGUAAGGCUAUAAAGAUAUAGGUGUGUUCAUUUGAAUAAACUGUCAACAAUGUUUAUGGCUUGAAACACUGGCCAUCACCCAUCAGUUGUGAGCACAUUGCUUGCAUAGCUACUGACAUUGCUUGCAUAGCUACUGAUGAGUGGAGGAACUGAGCGCCACCAUCAACAAGAAGAAACCCAUUUUAAUUAUGUGGUAAUGAAAGCUUUCCAUGACCAACGGCAUGGGACAGAACAUGAAGACAUUUCCUAAAAGAAAGGGUUGGUUGGGAAGAGUACAGAGAGAGGGGGAUUUUUACUUUCGCUUUAUACCAUUUUAUAAUAUCCAAAUUGGUUUUAAACUAUGGAUGUAGAAUCAAGCUGUAAAAUAAAAGUGUUAACAUGCUAAAAAAAAUAAAUGCACAGAGGAGAUGAUAAGAAGGGGAAAGAAACAGAUAUUUAUGUUUUCCACAAUGCCAUAUUAAGAAUCCAUGUCUAGAAUAUUGUCCUGUGGUUUUAUUAUAUACUCUUUUUUUUAA